GAUCGCGUCCGCCGGAUGUGGAAAUGGAUGAGUUUACGGUAUUAAUAUUUCCUCUUCCCCCGGAACACGAGCGAUUUCCUGUUUGUCACGCGGAACGGGCCGUUGCCGCUCUCGUGCUCGUGUCUGUUUCAGGCCUUCGGGAUUUAAAUGACAAGAGUUUCAUUUAUAUACACGCGAUGAGAAAACUCUGACGAGGAUCCGCACGCGCGUGUUCAUGAUCAUUGAUGAAAUAUUAAUAAUGCCCGUCGAUUUUUUUCCACAGCCAUAAAUAGGGAUGAGAAAUGAAAUGAUUCUGUUUCUGUGUUAAAUUGAGCUUUCAACUGACCCGCACAAACACAUUUACCAUGUCUACUGUCUCUUACUGCUGUAAAAUAUAAGUAAAUCCAUUUUGUCAUUCUGGUAUUUUAGUGAAAACGUUUUGGAUUUGACAGUUCUGCCAUCGUUUAUUCUGUCUCAUGUGUAGGGACUCUGUGCAACACAAUAAAAGAAGAUAUCUUGAGAAAUGUCUCAGUGGUUUUUUGUUCAUACAAAGGAAGUCGAUGAGGUUCAGUGUUGUUUGAUGAUCAACAUUCUUCGAAAUAUCUUCUUUUGUGUUCUACACAAGAAACAAACUAACUAACUCAUACAGGUUUGACACGACAUGAGAGGGAAUAAACGAUGACAGAAUUCUCAUUUUUGGAAUUAUUCCCUAUGACAGAAUGUUAUGGUAAAUAUUGAACGUGACUGUCGUGUUCAGUUCAAGAAUCUGAAAUCAAGUCUAAUUGUUAUGAUGAGAAACUGAUGGUUUAAAGAUCCUUGAGAACGUACAGCUGCUUGUAAAUGCAAAUGAAUUAGAUUCUUUUAUGACUUUGUGCCCUGCUUACAUUUCACACACUACUAUAGUAAAACCAGAGUAAGGGUCUUAAGACCAAACUUCGAGUUAAACAUCAGAUUAUUUGUUUGAGUGUAUGGACACUGAUUUUACACAAUCAAUGUGACACACAUGUACAGUCCCGGUUAAAAGUUUGGAAACGCUUGACUGAAAUGUUUCUAAUAAUCAAAACUGUGUUCUGUUCUCAAGAUGUCUAUAUAUUAGAUAUUAUUGUGUCAACAUUUCUGUUCUUAAAUCAUGAAGCAGUCGUAAGAGCACUGAAUAGAUGUGAAGUCCUUCAACAGGGGACAGCGGGGUAGAACGUAAGGCUUUUUGGUUGUAGCUCAAUCACGUCUCUGCUACGAAUGAACACUUGAAGUUUGUUUCUAGAACCUAGCGUUCCCGCACAAUUACAGCAAAAGUGCCAACGUUACACCUUACCUCAUGGGUGGGGUUCGUUGUAGCACCUGCUAACCAGUUCUCAAUAUUACUCUGUCUUUAAACUAGAGGUGGAUAUGGUCUGUCGACAAUCUAUCAUCCCUCAUCUAACCGUCCUUCUAUCAUACAUCAAUACAAAUCCAAAGAUGUCUCUGGUGGAUUUGGGGAAGAAGCUCUUGGAAGCGGCUCGUGCCGGUCAGGACGAUGAGGUUCGGAUACUGAUGGCCAACGGAGCGCCCUUCACCACCGACUGGCUGGGCACGUCUCCGCUUCACCUGUCGGCACAGUUCGGUCAUUUCUCCACCACAGAGGUUCUGCUGCGGGCCGGGGUGAGCCGAGACGCCCGCACAAAAGUGGACCGAACGCCUCUGCACAUGGCCGCAUCUGAGGGUCACGGCGGCAUCGUGGAGCUGCUGCUGAAGCACGGAGCAGACGUGAACGCUAAGGACAUGCUUCAGAUGAGCGCUCUGCACUGGGCCGUGGAGCACGGUCACAGAGACGCGGUGGAACUUCUGCUGCGCUUCGGAGCCGACGUCCACGCGCAGAGUAAAUUCUGUAAGAACGCGCUGGACAUCGCCCUGGACAACGGCUCUCACGAGCUGGCCGAGAUCCUGCAGGUGGCCAUGCGGAACCAGAUCAACACCAACCCCGAGAGUCCCGACGCGCUGCCGCAGUUCAUCAUCGGUCCCGGGGGAGUGGUCAACCUGGUCUCACCCAGCAAAUCCACGGUGGUGGCCGGCGAGGAGGUGAUAACCGCUGACACAGUCGACGGGGCCAUUCAACAGGUCGUGAGCUCUGGAGGUCAGCAGGUCAUUACCAUAGUAACAGAUGGCAUUCAGCUGGGCAGCCUGCAGACUGGCACGGCCAUCGGCCAGCCCAUAAUAGUCACCAUGCCCGAUGGGCAGCAGGUAUUAACAGUGUCCGACACGGAGGUGGCAGAAGAAACCGUCGUCAGCGACGAGCCCACCUUUAAACGUCAGCGUGUGAAAGAAGAAGAAGAAGACGACGACGAUGAGACCAUCGGAACGCAAGAUGUUCACAUCCGGCAAACCGUCUCGCUGGACGACUUUCAGGAGAAAGUGGCUCUGCUGAAGCAGCUAGAAGAGGCCAAUCGUGAAGCUCAGAGAUACAGACAACAGUUUCUGAAGAAAGAGCAGGAGGCAGAAGCUUACAGACUGAAACUGGAGGCCAUCACACGCCAGAGCGCCAACAAAACACUGUGACACAUCAACAUCACGUUUAUCUGGAUUCGAUUAUAGAAAUCCUGAAAAUAUCACGGGAUCGGUGGUUUUCAGGCCUGGAAUUUUCAAUCAUCAGUAAAGACUUUGAUCUUGUUACACUCAGUGUUGGGCAAGUUACUCUGGAAAAGUAAUUAAUUACUAGUUACUAAUUACAUAUUCAAUAGUGUAAUUAGAUAACUGUACAAAUUACAGUUACAAAUUAAUGACUUAUUACUAAAUUCUUUCUAUAUCCUACAUCAACCUUGAUUAGUUCAGUGAUUGAAGGAUAGACAUGAAACGACUCUUUUCAUUCAUUCAAAUAAAUCAUAUAAACGACAUAAAGUAUUACCAAAGUAUUACAAAUACAACAUACUUUACAAAAAACAUUACUGGAAGGCAUCUUGAGACAGAACAAUCACACUGAGAUAUUUUAAGAAGUUGUUUUCGAUGAAGACACCUCUGACAUUUCAGUUAGUCUGGGACUAGGCUUAAGCCCUGUCUGGGAAACUGCAUCAGAAGUAACUGUAAUUAAAUGACAGAAAAAAUAAGAGUAAUCCCUUACUUUACUUUUUAAAGGGCAAAGUAAUUCAAUUACACUAACUAAUUACUUAGUAAUAACACACCCAACACUGGUUACGCUCGAAUAUAAGCAUGUGACAAUAUUAAAUAUUCACAAUAAUUGCUGGAACUUUUUGGGGGGUAUUAUUGCUCUGUUGAAUUAGGUUACAAAACAUUUUAAUAACAGCUUAAAAAAGAAUGAAACCUUGAAUAUGUAAAUAUAAAAAAGUGAAAUAAAUGAAACAACUGUUAUAAGCAGAUUCAGAUGGAAAACAACCCAACUGUAUAGAACAAUAAUGAAACACAUUUUCUGCCAAUAUCUUCUGAAUCCGCAUGUUUCAAUCCAGAUUCAAAUCUGUGGGAUAAAUGUGUAUCAGGAGCUCAUGCUUAACCACAGUAUAUGAUUCAAUACAGGACUUUUACUCGAAGAUCUUGGGAGUUCCGUCUCUUGUGUAGUAACAAACAACAGGAAAAGACUGCGCACAGAAUCUUUUGCCAUUGAUGUUUGCAGAUGUUUGACUGCGAUGCUGAAUUCUGUUGUUCAUCAGAUGAGUAUCAGUGGGAAUGUUUAAUAGAGAAAAAUGUUCAACAUCUGCUUUGCUGUGAGAUCUUUUUUCAGAUUCUUUCAGUGCUGAAAAUGUCUUUUAAUCUUGUAAGAAUGAAGAUAUUUUUAUUGACUUGUAGUUUCCUCAUGAUGGAUGUCUGUGAUGAUAUAUUUUCUCUCAUAAAUGUUCUGCUUGUUAAAACCCAAAACUGUUGGAUUUAUUUUCAG